AUGUCUACCCUCGCCCCCAUUAUCUGCGAUAAUGGAACAGGUUUCUCGAAAAUUGGUUUCGCAGGCAACUCCGAUCCGUCAUUCGUAUUCCCUACUGCGAUCGCCACGCGCGGUCCAGCAACGCAAGCGUCCCGAGGACCGUCCGUACCAUCAAAGCCCGGACAUCUAGCGACCAAGCGCGGCGUCGAGGAUCUCGACUUCUUCAUUGGAGAUGAGGCCCUCGCAAACGCAAAGACGCCCGGUUAUGGCGUCCACUACCCCAUCCGACACGGCAUGAUCGACAACUGGGACUACAUGGAACGUUACUGGGAGCAGACGAUCUUCAAGUACUUACGGGCGGAACCUGAGGACCACUACUUUCUCCUGACUGAACCACCCCUCAACCCUCCUGAGAACCGUGAACAAACCGCCGAGAUCUUCUUCGAAUCAUUCAACAUCAAAGGUCUCUACAUCGCUGUCCAAGCCGUCCUCGCGCUCGCCGCGUCGUGGUCCUCGAAUCGCGUCACGGACAGGACGCUGACCGGAACCGUCAUUGAUUCUGGCGACGGUGUCACGCACGUCAUCCCCUGCGCCGAGGGCUACGUUAUCGGCUCCGCCAUCAAGCACAUACCGAUCGCCGGCCGCGACAUCUCGCAGUUCGUGCUCAACCUCAUGCGCGAGCGCGGGGAGAUGUCGAGCGUGCCUCCUGAAGACCAGCUGCGCGUCGCUGGCAAGGUCAAGGAGAACUACAGCUACGUCUGUCAGGACAUUGUGAAGGAGUUCAGGAAGUAUGAUGCGGAGCCGUACAAGUACUUCGAGCGGUAUGAGGGCGAGGCUAGCGUUACUGGCCGAAAAUACUCUCUCGACGUCGGCUACGAGCGGUUCCUCGCGCCGGAGAUCUUUUUCAACCCGGAGAUUUACUCGUCCGACUUCCUUACUCCUCUUCCUGAUAUUGUCGAUGGUGUAAUACAACAGUCCCCAAUCGACGUCCGUCGUGGCCUCUACAAGAACAUCGUACUAUCCGGAGGUUCGACGAUGUUCCAGCACUUCGGGCAGCGUCUGAAGCGCGACCUCAAGCAACUCGUCGACCGCCGCCUCGAAGCCAGUGCCGCAAGCAGCGGAAGCGCAAUGAAAUCGUCUGGCGUGGAAGUCGAGGUCAUUUCGCACAAGCGCCAAAGAUAUGCCGUGUGGUUUGGUGGAUCUCUGCUUGCGUCUUUGCCCGAGUUUUACACGUCAUGCCACACCAAGGCACAAUACGAUGAGGUCGGCCCCAGCAUCUGCAGGCGAUACCAAAUCUUUGGCAGCGCGACCUAA